AUGCCCUCAGGUCUCAGUAUCUCCCUCAGUCUGUGUCGAGGCUUCAUGUGGGGGUCAACGGGUGCUCGCUUUGCGAGACUGGAGAACCACAAGCGCUCUCGACAUGACGCUCGUGUGCAGUGUUCCUCUCUCACUGAGACCUCAAGCACUUCUAACACACCAGGCACUCCCUCCGAGAUGCCUUCUCAUACUCAGAUGCCCUCUGCGUCUCCAGGCAUCUCACGUUGCCCUACGCCAUCGCCAUCGCCAAUUCUAGCACCGGAUAGCAUGACUCAACCCAUUGCCUCAUGGUGGGUAUGGGUAUGGGAGGCAGCAGCGAUGUAUAACCCCUUCCCUGGCCCAUACCACCCAGACUAUCUCAGCCAGAAUUGGGUACCACCCAGUAUGGCUGGCAUGAGUAGUGGCACCAACAAGGCUUUACUGUUCUCUGGAGUCGACAGCAUCGAUGGGGAAGUGGGUUCCAAUGCGUCUUCAUCUAACACGUCACCAAAUUCCAGUACUGCCAGCAAUGUUACUAACAACAGCACCAGUACUACUGCAAACGCCAACUCACCGAAAAAAUGCAGGUCGGAUAAGCACAGCAAGAAGACAAAACAGCUUUGCAUUGAAGACUCAGAUGAGAUCAUUCAGGAUGCAAUCCACCGUGUUUUCGCUGAUGGCUGGGCUGAUGCGCCUGAUGAUGACAUACUUCAGGAUAAUGCUGUUGCUGGGCCAUCACACAUAGCUGAUGAUGAUGUUCUACUCCCCGAACACAAUGCUGUGGACCCACCCCCUCCGGUUGUCUCACAACACUCUGGGCGCACAAUUUGA